AUGAAUUUUCUUUAUCAAUGCUACUUAAUUGGAAUUUUCUCAUUCGAAAUGUUGGAUCAAAGAAUCAAGUAUUUAAUCGAUAAUAAUGAUUAUAUCAAAGGUAUAUACGCUUCGUUUAUUGCCUACUUCGCUCCUGUUAUGUUUGAACUCGAUCGAAAGACGUUUUUCAGUGUUAAAUGGUUUGUUGAAAAGAGAAUGGAAAAGAACCUUUAUAUGUCACCAUUCAAGCAAUAUAUUGAUUACAUGAACGAGGAAAAGAUCUCAAAUCUUCAAGAAAUGAUAAAUAAUACCUUCCAAAAGGAUUCUUUAGCUUAUUUCAUCAUGAAAGAUGACUUAGAUUCCGUAACCAAUCGUACUUGUUUACCAUCAUUUCAAAUCAACGAUUUACUUCCUAAUACAAUUUAUUGUAAUUCAGAUAUCAUGAAAUUCCGUUUUACACCUCUCGAAUUGUCUGCCUACUUCGGUAGUAUUAAUGUGUUUAAAUUCUUUAUUGAGCAAUCAGCAGAUUUCGAAAGAAAUUCAAAUUUAAUCGCGUAUGCAAUUGCAGGUGGAAAUAUGGAGAUAUUACGUAUCUUACAGCAAAGAGAAUGUAAUUUUGAAUCUUCUUUGAGUUUUGCGGCGAAAUACCAUAGAUUUGAAAUUUUCCAAUGGUUAGUUGAUGUUUGCGGCCAACAGAUCAAUAAUGAUAUAUUACUUACUUGCUGCACUGUAAAUAACUUACCAUGUCUUCAAUAUUGCUUCGAAAUCGAAGAUGGUAAUUUUAUUCAGACAAUCCCUGACUAUAGUAUUGAUUCAUUGAUAAAAGAAGCCGUAAAAUUCGGAUCCCUUGACGUUUUCAAUUACUUAAUCUCUUUUCCACAUGAAAAGAUUGAAUUUGCUACUUCAGUUAUAUUUAGACAGCCACAUAUGGUUAAACUAUUAUUAGAUAGAGGAGAUGUUAAUUUCGAUACUAAAUUCAUCAAUGGAACAACACUCGAAAAAGCUGCAACUUGUGGUGAUGUUGACAUCAUCAAAUUAAUAGUUGAAUCUGGAAAAUACGAAAUUUCAGACCAAACUCUAAUAAAUCUCUACGGAGCUGCAAAAUAUUAUACUGAUAUCUUAGCAAUGGAUUAUUUCAGAGAAGUUUUCAAGCAGAGGAACAUCCCUGAACCAAAAUGA